AUGGAAGGCGUUGAGGGCAAGAAAGAGGCGCUCAAAAAGCUGGAGAAGGAACGGCUGAGGCUGCUCGGGCAGCUCGACGACCUAUCGCAGGAGUCCGCGGAGCACAAGCUGGUGCUGCGGACUCUGGAGUCGCUGCCAGAUGACCGCCGUUGUUACCGCAUCGUCGGCCGCGUCGCGGUGGAGCGGACGGUCGCCGAGGUGCGCCCGGCGCUGACGACGUAUGCGCAGAAGGUGGACGAGCUGCACAAGACGUACAACGAGCAGCUCAACUUCAUCAACGAGGAGGUUUCCAAGAUCACCAGGUCACUCGGGACGGCUGCCGACGCGCCGUAG